UCCGCGCUAUCUGAAAAUUUUACUGAAAAUUUGUUAGUUUCUUUUUUUUGGAGCAAUAGUAGAUUAGCUAGCUCUGGUUAUUGGUUAAAAGACAUCUGAUUAUCGGUGUUCGAUUGUCCUCUGAAGUAGUUUCCGCUGGGCUAGCGGAAACUCCUGUGAAUUUGUGCUGUGUGCUGCGGCGUUGUAAACAAAAGGUUUUGUUAUACGCGCAGCACGCGUGUACACAAGCUAAAGGUGAAAACAGUGGCAGAGCUGCGUCGGGACAUCAUCGCAUAUAGCGUUCCGCCCUUCGCCUGCUUUGGGGGCAAGGCAUCCUGAAUCUGUGCUAGGUGGGGCAGGAUUUUUAUUUCGGUAGGUUUGUGGGAAACGAGAAUGAAAGAGUUGUCCGAUCUACUGCGCGAGAUUAAACAGUGUACCGAGAACGAGGACAAAAUGGAGUUCUGUGAAGAUUUCGCCAAACAGCAGACCAUAUUCAACCACGCAAAUCAAUUCGUUCGUACGUUUGAUCGGAUCGUGUAUCACGGCGGAAAUGAGCCGUACAUCAUCGAAAUUGUUGCCCGGUUGGUGAAGUAUUUACGUAUUCGGCGAUAUCUGAAUGAGGAUAACAAACCGAUCCGAGAAUGUGACAAUCAGUUGCGUAAAAUUACCCUGUUUAUGGUGUUGAACACGGAUGUUAGCUACAAGUUCGAUUUGUCUAAAGACACCAAGAUUUGUCAUGUUUUGAACACUAUUCCUCAGUUAACCAAGUGUUUGCUCAUAAAUUGUAUUUGGGGUGCAAGUUUGGAUGCGUAUUUCUACGAAAUAAUCCGGUACAGUCCGCAAUGGUUCAUGAUGCAGUUCAUUGAUCAGGCAGUAACCAGCUUGAAAUUCUCCAAACCCUUCGAAAUCCUAGAGCGAGUUGAAGCAAUGGUUAAUGCAAUCUAUUACAGCAUCUGUAGGACGGAUUAUGAUUGGAAGUCCGUGGAUCGGAAUCGAUUCGUCGAACAGCAACGGAUCCUUGCGAAGCUGUUUGAUUUCUUGAUGGAACUGUUAAGGUUUUUCAACACACCGGAUAUGAGCAAGUUCGAGCGAUGGUCCAGACUGCGAAUGCAUCGGUACUAUGGGUUUGCUUUGAAGCACAUGUUCAGCGUUGUGCUGCAUUGUUUCGAUCUGUACCUUAAUCGGGGCCUCUUCGAGGUGGAUGAAAAUAUGAGCAUUUAUCAAAUUAUGGGUGAGAAGCACACUGCGAAAAAAGAGAUUCCUGAAGCGUAUUCACACGGGACGGAUUCUUACCUUAUGAAGAUCAACAACUGUUUGCUGAACACGUUGCAAACUUGCGUAAUGGAGGUCACAAUCGACAGUUUCAUGUAUUGGGUUGAGAUUGAUAUCGUCACGGAAGCAGGAGAGAAAUGCAGUUUACAGCAGUUGGUUGGAGAGUCGGCUUUUAAACUGAUGGAAACGCUUAAGGAUAAUAAAUUGUUCCAGCACAACGUACUGAAGCAGUUGCCUUCGAUUGCACUGCGUCCCAAGUCGCAGGCGGAAAAGGCUAUGGAACUGCCGAUGCGUGUCUUGAUGGAGAAAAUCGAAACAACGAAGGAUAUUUUCGAGCGGAGAUUAUUCUUCACUGAGUUCAUCCGAAGAGGAGACCAGGUGUUCGGCAAUGCCGAAUGUUUGAACUUGAUUGAGCAAAAUUUGGAUCUAGUUUCGGGAGACAAUGUGCGAAAGAUGGUUGAGUAUGAUAAUCGACCGACGGAGGAAGACGAAAUGGAAGAAGACGAUCCAUCGGAAGAGACCUUAAAAUUAAAGCUUUUGAUACUACAGGCCGUAGAUAAUUUGCUACCGGAAGAAGCGAUUACCUUGAUUAAGUUUAUGAUUGCUACCUACGGAUUAGAGUACAAUCAAUAUCGAACCCCGGAUUUAAUCGGACAGAUCGUCGAAUUCACGAAUAGAUUCAGCUCGAUUUCUCAUCAGCUAGGUGAGGACGAUUCGCUUAUCCCAAUGCGAUUAAUAUUCCAAUGCCCCUCGUUGUUCUACGAUCGUCUCACACGAUCUCUUCACGAGUCUAGUUUCAAUAAUGCCAAUUACAUUUAUGCCAUUACGCGAGUAAUCAGCAGCACAAAACCACUGUCGGUGCCCUACCUUAACGCCCAGGUGCGCACGCUGCUGUCAAACGAGUUCGAUGUAACGAAGUCCGCUUCGCUAACCGUGUUCAUUCUCAAACUGUACGAACGAGACCUAUUCGAGCGGAACCACUUCCUGCAGGGCUAUUUGUUACAGGGCGCCGACGAAGCCUUCCUCAAAUCGAACUUCAAGGCCCUGGUGGAGGUUCUCAGCAUCAUGCAGCUCGUCGUGGAGAAGAAUCUCAACGGGUUCAAGUUAGACACGUUAAAACAGGUGGUCCUCAAGCUGGCCGAACUGUCGGAGAAGCUGCGCUUCGACGUCACCCAGUUGCAGCCUGAGCACCCGCAGGGUGUGGAACGUAUCUUUCUAUUGGACAAAAUGCUCAAGAUAAUCGUGGGGCCGGUGCGAAUGCUACGAGCUUUGAAAGAGGAAUCUAAACUUCGUUUCAAAGAGCAAACGUUGCGCUUUGCUCCCAUCACUAAGUUUUACUUUCAACGGACCUUCGCGGACCUUUCUGCCGGCAAAACCGUACAAGAUUUUGCCAAAUUCCUUUAUCAGGGUGAUAUAGACGAGAACACGCCAAAAGUGCACGUUCGACUAUUUCUGUCUAAGACGCUGGUCCAGUGCACAAGCGCUGAAGCAGAAAGGUUAGCAAGGGAUCCACUUUUACUGCCACAUAUCAGCGAUGCAGUGCUCAUUAUUUUGGUGCUUUUGACGGAACAAGAGCGACACUAUGAGUGUCUCAAGAGUUGCCUUUCCAAUUAUCUCAACAUAAUCCAGAAACACCUUCUACCACCGUUGCUUGCGACGGAAGCAACAAAUGUGACCCCCACCGCCACACACGAGACAACAAUCGAACAGCUGCCGGCGGUAAACCCGGCUGAACAGCGAGCCGCUAUAGUCCGAUCACUGGUGAAGCUAAUCGUUAAACUACCGGAUUUGUCACGCGAUCGACUGCUCGUCGCUCUUUCGUUCGGUCUGUCGGAGAUUGUGCGACAACUUCGUCUCGCCGAUCCCACCUUGGAUGUCUGUGACAUCGAAAAGGUACUGAAACUGGACCAGUUGAAGCAGCACUAUCCGAAUCAUUACGGCCAUCUGCAGCAAAACGGGUCCAAAGAGAGUGAAUCGUCGACUGAGUCCACAGCAAUGGUAACAGAGUAAUCGAAUCAUAGGGAGCAAAGAUAAGGUAAAGUUUGUCGAACGGGAACGCGAUUAAUCAAACGGUAAGAUAUUUAAACUUCCUGCGCGCGCAAAUCCAAUUAAACUAGUGAUAAGUCGUCUGAAAAUUUACCCGAAAAAAUAACCAUUCUAAACAUUUACUUCAAAUGGAUUACACAUGGCUUGAAUUUCUAUCUAAAGUAUGAAUAGGUGUGUUCAGCAUCACAAGGCGUCCAAUUGAAUCCAAUUGAAAUAAAGUCCAGUAAAAUGCUAAACUAAAUAAAUCGAUUUACCA